AUGGCUGAUAAAUCCACUUAUAUUCUAUUUGCUCUACUCUUUCUCUUCACCAUCACAGCAACUAUUCUUACUGCAGUCCUUCUGGGCAUUGUCGUCAAUCGCCUACCAUCGAACAAUGCAACAUUAGUCGAACCAGAUCUUCCACUAUCAUUAGUCAAUCAGAUCAACAUCAAAGAUCUCUUGAAACAUCUGCAACAACUACAAGUCAUUGCUGAUCGAAGUAAUGGAACACGAGCCAUUACCACAAUUGGUUUCAAUGGAACACUCGAUUAUAUCACAAGUCAACUCGAACAAAACACCAACCUCAUUGUUCAACGACAAUAUUUUACUGUUCGAAACUACAUCAUUCGAGGAAAUCCACAACUACAAUCACAAAUCAAUGGCGUCACUCUUCAUCAUACUUAUAUCACUAAUUUCACUCAAAUUCUCUAUUCUUCACGAGCAGAUUUCGAUUCAUUCGUUCCACUUGUACCCAUUCCCAAUGUUGGCUGUCAAGAUUCUGAUUGGACAAGUGUGUCAGCUGAGAAUGCAGUUGCUCUCGUCAAGCGAGGUGAUUGUACUUAUCCAGAAAAAUCGCUCUUUGCACAAAAGUAUCGUGUCAAAGGAUUACUCAUCUAUAAUGAUGGAACGGCAUCAGAUCGGUUUCUGCCAAUACAAAAUGUCAGAAACAAUCUCAAUACAACCAUUCCUGCAUUCUUCAUUUCAUACAAUUUGGGAAUACAGUUACUCAAUGGAGCACCGAAUUCAUCUGUCAAGAUGAAUAUUGAUGUUAGUGAUGCUGAUGGUAUUGGAAAUAUCUGUGCUGAUACACCAACUGGUGAGAAAACACAAACGAUUGUUGUUGGUUCACAUAGUGAUGGUGUGCCAGCAGGAAGUGGAAUCAAUGAUAAUGGUAGUGGAACAGUUGGAAAUCUGAUUUUAGCUCUCAAUCUAGCUCGUCUCUUUCAAACUUCAUCGUCUUCCUAUCCAACAUAUGCAUAUCGUGUUCGAUUCUGUUGGUGGGGAGCAGAAGAACUUGGUCUUCUUGGUGCUCGACAUCAUGUUGAUCAAGCUUUGCUAACAAAUGUGACGACAGUUGGUGAACGUCUACAAGAUUAUCUGUUAAAUCUCAACUAUGACAUGUUAGCAGGUCCGAACUAUCGCUUUGGUAUCCAUGAUCGAGCAACAGUACCAAGCACAACACCUGAACAAGCAUUACAUGGAACAGAGAAAAUCACCAAUCUAUUUCGUCAAUGGUUCAAUGAACAGAACUUGCCAUGGAGUAAUUCAUCGUUAGGUGGCGGAAGUGAUUAUGUUCCGUUCUUAGCUGCUGGCUUAGCUGUUGGUGGUGUGAACACAGGUGCUGGAGGAAUCAAACCAGCUAGUGAACGAGAUCAAUAUGCAGCUGUACUGGGAAUUGGGAAUGGUGGACUAGCGAAUGCUGCUUAUGAUCCAUGUUAUCAUCAACAAUGUGAUCGAAUCACAAAUAUCAAUCCGUUUGCUUAUGAGAAAGUGGUGAAAGCAGCUGCUCAUGCUCUGGAAUACAUGGGACGACUAAAUAACCUCCAAGAAUGGCUCUAUCCAAACGGACGACAGAUCAACAUACCACUGAUCAAUCGAAACCAACUCUAUGACUUUCGUAACGAUCCUGAUUUGAUCUGA